UUUUUUUUUGCUUUUGUUUUGUAAUAUUUUGUAAAAAUUUGUAUCUGAAUUUUUGUCUUGUUCGUGUUCAAGUCAUGUCGCAAUCGCCGACGAACUUGUCGUCGCAUAAGACGCAGCCGGAGCCGCAGCCGAAGCGAAAGCGGAAGCACGUAGUAUACAGCUUUCAGCUGGAGCAGCAUAUACAUCCUUUGACCAAGGAUUUGACCGUGAUCGCCUGUCUGCCCGAUGGCGACUUGCAGUCGUUGGAGCCAAUCAAGCCACAAGAGGAGCGCUUCUAUAAGAUGUACAUCUGCGCCACAGAUGGGCGUCUGGUCAAGUCGAUUGCCUUUACCGAGAGCGAUUAUCGUGAGGUGGUCAACGAUUUCAUAAAUAGCGAAUGCAGCGAUGCGGAUGCGAAUGCGGAUGCGGGUGCGGAGGGGAAUGUAGCUGGGAAUAGAGACAGGCAUGGGAACAGGAAAAGAACUGGGGAAGGAGAUGUGAGCGGGAAACCAGGCUCCCUGCUGGCUGAAUCAUCAAUCACAUUGUUUAUGCCGUAUCAACAACACAUCAAAUAAAUUUCAAUUGUUUGCUCAA